ACCGCUUCCAGUCGCUCUAUCUGAUAACAUGCGUAGGCUGCGAAGGGCCACAUAGGAGUUUGCGAUAUGAAGUAUUUGGAGUGUCUACCAAUUCUCGUCGUCGUCUUCGCAACCUAUCAAUUGCAAGCGGUGCAAGCGUUCGAAGAGGAAAGCAUCACGUGUGUUGAGGCCCAUCCCAUGGGACUAUGGCACAUACAGAGGCGGGUUGUUGGCAGCUUGUCACUCUGUGAUGGUAACAGGGACUGCAACGACAACGAGGAUGAAACGGAACAAAUGUGCGACGAAAGCAUGCAUCAAAUGGACCACCUGUCUGUAUCGGAUGUUCAAGACACAUCGGCUUCGGUAGACUGGAUCGUCGCAGAACGUGGGUCAUACACACCAGAUGGUUUUCUUCUGACUUUAAGACUAGGCGGUGAUGUUCGGUCCACGAAGCUGGAAGGUUCACUGCUGCGAAAUUACGUCAUCAAUGGCUUACUGCCGUUAACAGACUACACUGUCAUUUUGAGGCCCUACAAAGAUACAUUUUCCGGAUAUUACAAGGUUGGAAAAGCCCAAUCCGUCAGUCUGCGUACGUACGACAAAAGUCUGCCCGUCAGCACAGCGCCUCCUCGACUGGAAUUCAGCAUCCAUUGCCAAGAUCCCAUUGUUCCCAGCACCAACAUAACGCUGACCAGUGUGUACUUAUGUGACGAAUUACAAGAUUGUUUUCAAGGCGCCGAUGAAAUGAAAGAGCUUUGUGGUAAUAUGAUACACAUGAAGUUGUCGGCGGAAAAGAGCGCCGUAAAAUCAGUCACCCUGACGUGGAGUGUGUUGCACCCGAGCAGCCCAUGGACAACGUCUGUUGAAGAGCAAAGAACGACACUUUAUGGAAAAAGAACAGAGCCCGACGGGUUGUUUGUGACAACGAUAUCGAACAAUGAAGUUGUCACUCCAGAUGUUAAGGGUCUUGCAGGUAGACGGUUGAUGAUAGAUAACUUGAAUUCGUCCACAAUCUACACGUUCUUGGUGAGACCCUACGUCAACUCAACUGGAAGCAGGCGUGGCUACAAGGUCGGCAAGCUUCUUUCUCUGUCUCUGCCUACGAAGACUACUGGGCUACAGAACGUAACGAGUUUUCAUGUGGGUAACAACACGGCCCUCGUGAUCUGGAAUGCCGAAGUGGACGCCGAUUAUUUUCGGUUUACCUACGGAGACGUGCCCACCUGGACAGAGUCAAGCGUGUCGAAUAUACGAAGCUUCCCAAACCCUACAACCCCUGACCUGAGAAACAAAUUCUUCAGCGUCCUCCUGCUAACCAGCAUUUCACCGUCAUUCUUCAAUGGUGUCGCCUGUGGAGCACAAGGGUGCAGCGAUACGACCACGAUGAGGAUUGAUGAUGACGACGCACGUGACGAAGCACGAUAUCCAGUCGUCGCUAUAUCGUAUAUAGCAGCCACAAGUCCCACGUCACUGUACGUCAACUGGACUGUGGUAAAGCACAGUUCGUUGUCCAUGGAUGGAUUUUGGGUCAGCUACUGCGAGGAACCUGUUACGUCAUGUCGCGUAUUGCUGUUGCUGGACGAAUCAGUAAGAGUCACGGGCCUCGCUCCAGCCACAACUUAUAUCAUUAAAGUGCAACCAAGAACAAGGACACGUUCUGGAGAUGUUCAACUCGGUUUAACGAGCGAAGCGAAGGUAUCCACCUGGACGGACGUUCCUAGCCUCCCUGCUUUGGAAAGUUAUCACGUAGUGACGCCUCCUUGUCUACUCCAUGUCGCCUGGAGUUUCUACAAUAGCACGGUGGCUUAUAUUCAGGUUUCUCUGGAAAACGACAACUGGCUGAACUGCACAACAACAGCACAUUGCAACGCCCAGGUGUUAGAAAACGUAGUAGAGUCGAACACAACAAGGGGUUCGCUCGUGCUUUGGGAUAUCGAGUACUUCACGACCUAUCGGUUGCUGCUAAGGGGCUGCAACGACAAUGGGUGCGGUUCCAACACCAGCAUUGAUGUGUCAACGCCGAUUAAGGCAUCGAGCGCUCCAGUGAACAUGAGUGUUGAGCAGCUCACAGACGGGACAGCGCUGGUGAAAUGGGACAGGCCAUUGCAGCCCCGUGGCCCUGUUGACGGUUACGUUGUCUCCUGGAAAUGCGGCGAGGAAACGACUAGAGAGGUUAUGGUGGCAGACGUACAGUUUCUCAUCACUGAGUCGCUUACAAGCCCGAGCUGCGCAGCAUCUGUUAUUGCCUACCAUAUCAUUAAGGAGGGUCAUCAGCUGCGUGGAAAAGCGGCGUACAUAAACUUCAAACUGACCACCUGAAAUUCUGGCCCAUGGAAGGACUCAGUGCCCGAAUAAACAACUAUAUAUAUUGUCCACAUACCUUUUUCUAGGUGGAUGCUAUCCUGGC